CGCAAAAAAUCUUACGACCGCGACUCUCCCAAACCAUCAACCAGAGAUAAAGAUACCAAGGAACGACAUAGAUCAUCGGCCAGAAAGACAACCACUCGCCGACGCAGUGACGCAAGCAGGGAAUAUAGCCCUUCACGACCCGAUAGAUCCACCUUGUCAGAACGCUCGUCAAAGAAAGUCACCAUGUCGAUACCGGAGAUGGAGCGUCGUUCGUCAAUCGGCGACAAGCGGCCGCAGUCGUAUCCGAACUUCUCCAAAGCACACAGCAGAGAAGCUGUCGCCCCAGGCUCGGAACCCGCCAUCGAUAGUCAACGACCUCGCACUCCAGCAGAUAUGCCACACAGCCCGAGCCCUCCCCUUGCCGCUGACGACGCAGACCUUCGACGAGCAAAAAGUGGGAACAAUAUGAGGAGUCACGCGGACAGAGUCAAGUCCGAGGCUGGUCUUAAUUCUAGAAGAAGUAUGGACAAUGGCCUGCGUGUGAACAUGACAGGCUCUGCAGCGAGUAGUCGCCGUCCUUCUCCCUCGAGCGUCUCCGAGACAUCUGCGCCAAGCACUGGUUCGACCAAGUACAACAAGGCCCCUUCUCAGCCCACCUCAACUGUCAGCCAGACUACUAUAGACUCCCAGGCAACAUCCAUUGCUCCUGAACGCAAACCACCAGCCAGACCUCCGCCGGUCUCUGUUGCACAACACUGUUCUCCUCAAUCACGACCCGACUCAUCACCACGUACCCCAACCCCACAAGAUCCUGCUUUCCCUUCUUACGGUCAACAACCGAAGUCCACUCCCGGCAUCGAUGUCUUCCCUGGUGGCUACUCUCCUCGGUCCACUCAUCCAGACUCCGUCGCUAUGCCUCCCCCACCACCACCUCCGCCAAUGGUCUUUUCUCAAGAUAGCCCUCGUGUCGACUAUUUGCUGCAAAAUGGGGGAUUGCCGUACCUCAUCUCAAAAUCUAUCGUUCCACCUGCUCAUGAUCAACCUGUUCAAUCCUACGCUCAGUAUCAAUCACCUCGCAUACCUUCCGCAAUCGAUGCCCAGCACAUCUUUGCUCCCGUGAGCGGACGACUCGAAGAUAUUGGCAAGGUUCUGUCAAAAAGUGGGUCACUGGCUGUUGCAACAGGGUAUCGCUCAGUCGCUAGGAGACUGCUGGACCGUCUCGAGGCAGUAUUUGCUCGCAGCAUCUCGCACGAGCGGUGUAGAUGCGUUUUGUGCCUGAGAACUGCUCAAACAACUCUGUCCGACGACGAGGAUACUGGAAUCAGUUGGGGCGAGAUUUUGGAGUAUGUUGCUGGCCGUAGAGAGCUUCCUCAGUGGCCCCCUUUCUCUCUGUCCCCUGACACGCCGGGGUUCAGCCUUUCGGGUGUCGAACCAAUGCAAAAACUCGAUCCCGAUGUACCGGAAGAAUAUCGUGCUCACUACAUCAAGCAAAAUGCAAAGACUAAGCGAUCUGUUCAAGACUGGCUUGGUCGACAACCAGAUGCUCCAUCUAGCCCUCCACAGGAGGUUGACGACGAGACUCUGACUUUUGCUAUGCUCACACACAUUGAACCUGAACGGAGACCGCUUUUCACAGCUCUUAUGAAGGGUCUCUCGACUGUGCCUUCUUCCAGAGCGCCGACACCCGCUAAUGAGCCCAAAAAUGAAGUUUUGGCCAAGACUGCUACCGCUCUACAACGUCUAUAUCGUCUACCACACCUACCACGAGAUCCAGAGUGCACCAUUUACUUACUCAACAAUCUUCAUUUGCAUAGUAUGCUUGCCACGCUGGCCGCAGUGAGUGCUGGCGAGUGGGAUAUUCUGGUGUCUGGUCGAUUCGAUGGUUUCUUAUGGAGCGGAGCAGAGACAGUACCACCUUCUGUGGCUUAUGGGUCGACGAUGGCGCCCAUGUCUAGAACAACGACCCCUUUUAGCGGAGGCUUGCCAUCUCGCAACACAACUCCCUUCUCACCACUGCGAAAUGUCAUGUCUCCGGACCACACAGCAAACAUGUUUCCUUCUCGUGGCACGACGCCCGCUCCUGGUAUGCCUGGCGGUGCUCCAGCGCCUGUUCAGAUGGAUGAAGAGACCGAGAUUGCCGUUUUGGCCCAGAUGGAGCGCGAGAUCUACCGCGGCAUGGAAGCAUUGGAAGAUCAAUUUGAAGUUCUGCACAGGCAAGCCGAGACUGUCAGACAAAGACUACGCGAGCGGAGUGCUGGACUUGCAAUGGCCGCCAAAGCACGCAGAGGCUCCAUGGCGUCCGACAUUGGUGUGAGAAUUGGCACGCCUGGCGGGCCAUGGGAUGACGAGCAGCAGUCUAUCUUUGAUGACGGAAGAUCGGAGUUAGCACCUGACGACUCUGCCAGCAACAUUGACUUUGGAAGGAAGAGAAGGUCAAAGCGUCACGACCGUCGGACACCUGCUGUACCAGAGGAGAACGAGGACGUCGAGCGCGACUCUGGCAAGAGACGAAGAUGA